UGACAGAUCAGUCACUUCUACAGUGUGUGAUAAUAUAUUUCUUACCUGAAGAAAUCAGUAACAAUUAGGAAAUGGCCAAAGUUGAAAGGUUUGCUUUUCACGUUCCAAGCCUGGAGGAGCUUGCUGGAGUUUUGCAGAAAGGCCUUAAAGAAAACUUUGCUGAUGCUCAAGUCUCUGUUAUAGACUGUCCGGAUCUGACUCAGGAACCUUUCAACUUUCCUGUUAAAGGAAUCUGUGGAAAGCCUAGAAUAGCAGAUGUGGGAGGUGUUCCUUACCUCAUACCCGUCGUACAGAAAGAAAAAGUUUAUGAUCUCAAUACGGUUGCAAAGGACAUAGAGCUACCUGGAGCCUUCAUUCUUGGAGCUGGAGCCGCUUCAUCUAGAAUUCUUGGUGUCAAUGCUGAGCUUAUCCCUAUUGUUCAAGCUCAAAGCGAUAAAAAGCCUGCUGUAAAUGGAAGCUACAUCGCUCAGAUAAAUCCUGCAGAUAAAGGGUGCCUGCUCGAGAAGUACAGCAGUAAAUACACUGACUGCGAGUUUGGGCUGUUGGCCAACCUUUAUGCCAGUGAGGGCCAACCUGGUAAGGUCAUUGAAGUGAAAGCCAAUGGAAGAACUGGGGAGCUUAAUUUUGUCUCUUGUCUGAGACAAAUUUUAGAGAAACACUAUGGAGAAAAGCCAGUUGGGAUGGGUGGUACAUUUGUCAUUCAGAAGGGGAAAGCAAAGAUUCACGUUAUGCCUCCAGAAUUUUCUGCCUGUCCUCUGAACACUGAUGAGGAUGUGAAUAACUGGCUCAAAUUCUUUGAAAUGAAGGCUCCGCUGGUUUGUCAGCCAGUAAUCGUUUCCAGGGAUCCAGGUUUCGACUUGCGCACAGAGCACACGCACUGCUUCAGCGCCCACGGGGAAGGAGGGCACUACCACAACGACACCACGCCGGACAGCGUGCAGUACUGCGGGUAUUUCUUGCCUGCGGAGCUUCUCUUCCGUAUCGACAGGCCCAAGGAGACGCACAUGGUUGGCAGAGACUAAGCUGGCCCGUCCACAGGGAGGCUUUAAUGAAUGCGUAGCAAUCUAAUUUUGUUAAGUAAAAAUGCUGAUUUUUGUAAUGCUUUUAAUUAUGCACAUAUUUAUCAAAGUCCAAGAACAAAUAUGACAGCAAUAAACUUCCAGCCUUUUAGAUAUGUUAAGGAGAGAAAAUCAGAGUUUAUUUGUAAUUGGAAUGGUUAUGGCUGAAUUCAAGCUGUAAUUUCAUUGGAGUAUUAUUAAUAACGUAUUUUUGCUGUUUGGUUCCU